AUGCAAGCGAGGGAGAUGGAAGUAAGCAAAGGAGAUGGAAAAACACAGCAAGCGAGGGAGAUGGAAAAACAAAGCAAAGGAGAUGGAAAAACACAGCAAGCAAGGGAGAUGGAAAAACACAGCAAGCAAGGAGAGGGAAAAAAACAACACUGCAAGCGAGGGAGAUGGCUGAAAAACACGCAAGCAAGGGAGAUGGGAAAACACAGCAAGCAAGGGAGAUGGAAAAAAACUACAAGCGAAGGAGAUGGAAAAACACAGCAAGCGAAGGAGAUGGAAAAACACAGCAAGCAAGGGAGAUGGAAAAACACAGCAAGCAAGGGAGAUGGAAAAACACUGCAAGCGAAGGAGAUGGAAAAACACAGCAAGCAAGGGAGAUGGAAAAACACAGCAAGCAAGGGAGAUGGAAAAACACAGCAAGCAAAGGAGAUGGAAAAACACAGCAAGCAAGGGAGAUGGAAAAACACAGCAAGCAAAGGAGCUUUAAAAACACAGCAAGCAAAGGAGAUGGAAAAACAAUGCAAGCGAGGGAAGUGGAAAAUCACAGCAAGCAAAGGAGAUGGAAAAACAAUGCAAGCGACGGAAGUGGAAAAAUACAGCAAGCAAAGGAGAUGGAAAAACAAUGCAAGCGAGGGAAGUGGAAAAACACAGCAAGCAAAGGAGAUGGAAAAACACAGCAAGCAAAGGAGAUGGAAAAACACAGCAAGCAAAGUAGAUGGAAAAACAAUGCAAGCGAGGGAAGUGGAAAAACACAGCAGUCAAAGGAGAUGGAAAAACAAUGCAAGCAAGGGAAGUGGAAAAAUACAGCAAGCAAAGGAGAUGGAAAAACAAUGCAAGCGAGGGAACUGGAAAAGCACAGCAAGCAAAGGAGAUGGAAAAACACAGCAAGCAAAGGAGAUGGAAAAACACAGCAAGCAAGGGAGAUGGAAAAACAAAGCGAAGAAGGAAAAAUAA